CCUCCUUCGUCUUCUUCUUCUUCUUCUUCUACUUCUUCUUCUACCCCAAGGAAAGGCCGAAAGAAAUCGCUCGCCCACCUCGACGACGUCCCUUCGAUCCGUCGUCGUCGUCGUCCUCCUCCUCCCUGCUGUAGGGUUUCUUCUUCCCGCGAUGCCGGCUCGCUCCUCCUCCUCCUUCUGUCGAUCCUAAACGAAACCCUAACGUCUUCUCCCUUCUCGAUCGGGGGAGAGGGGACGGAUGGAGCCCUCCGUCCAUCCCGACCUCCACCUGCUCGAGGAUUUCGGGCAGCGGGUCGACCUCACCAGGCGCAUCCGCGAGAUCUUGAUCAACUACCCCGAGGGUACUACCGUGCUGAAGGAGCUCAUCCAGAACGCGGACGACGCUGGGGCCACCAGGAUCUGCUUCUGCCUCGACCGCCGAUCCCACGGCGCCGAGUCCCUCCUCUCCCCCAAUCUUGCGCAGUGGCAGGGGCCCGCGCUCCUUGCCUACAAUGACGCCGUCUUCACGGAGGAUGACUUCAUCUCCAUCUCCAGGAUCGGCGACAGCAAGAAGCAAUCUCAGACCUGGAAGACCGGCCGCUUUGGGGUGGGUUUUAACUCGGUGUACCAUCUGACUGACUUGCCAUCUUUCGUGAGUGACAAAUAUGUUGUCUUAUUUGAUCCACAAGGUGAAUAUCUUCCGAAUGUUUCAGCAGCAAAUCCUGGAAAGCGUCUUGAUUAUGUUAGUACUUCAGCCAUAUCACUGUAUAAAGAUCAGUUUUUGCCCUAUUGUGCAUUUGGAUGUGACAUGAAAAAGCCUUUUCCUGGAACUCUAUUUCGCUUCCCUUUGAGGAAUGCAGACCAGGUAGCUGCUAGUAGGCUCUCUCGGCAAGCAUACUUGGAAGAUGAUAUUUCUGUCAUGUUUUUGCAACUUUACAAGGAAGCUGUUUUCUCUCUUCUUUUUCUCAAAAACAUCAUUGCAAUUGAAAUGUACGAAUGGGAAGCCGGUCUAGAUGAACCACGAAAAUUGCACUCUUGCUCUCUCAGUUCACCAGAUGAAACUAUAUCUUGGCAUCGCAAGGCGCUUGUUAGAUUUUCCAGAUGUGCUGAUUCUUCUAAUAUGCAGAUAGAUUCAUUUUCAUUGGAUUUUCUUAGUGAGUCAUUUUCUGGUACAUAUUCAGAAAAGAAGAGUGCUACCUUUUUCAUCGUACAGGCAAUGGCAUCACCAUCAAGCAGAAUCGGAACUUUUGCAACUGCUGCUGCGAAAGAAUAUGAUCUGCACCUGUUGCCUUGGGCGUCUGUUGCAGCUUGUAUAUCUGAUGACUCGCCUGAGAAUAGUCUUCUUAGACAAGGACAAGCAUUUUGUUCUCUUCCACUGCCAGUGUCUACGGGAUUGUCUGUGCAAGUGAAUGGUUUCUUUGAAGUUUCUUCAAAUCGACGCAGCAUAUGGUAUGGAUCAGACAUGGAUAAGGGUGGAAAACUUCGCUCUGAUUGGAACAGAUUUUUAUUAGAAGAUGUGGUGGCCCCGGUUUUUAAUGAGUUACUGCUUUGUUUGCGGAAGCUUGUUGGUCCAACUAAAGUAUAUUUUUCUUUGUGGCCAUCUGGUUCAUAUGAGGAGCCUUGGAAUAUUUUAGUUGAACAUAUCUACAAAAUUCUUUGUUCGUCUCCAGUGUUUUAUUCAGAAUUUGAAGGAGGAAGGUGGAUAUCAUUGGGUGAAGCAUUUGCUCAUGAUGAAAAGUUCUUUCAGAGUAAAGAGCUUGGCGAGGCUCUUGUCUUGUUGGGUAUGCCUGUUGUCCAUCUUCCUGAUGUACUAGUGCAUAAAUUGUUUCAGUUUUACCACAGUUUUCAGGACAGAAUUGUGAGUCCUGUGACAGUAAGGCAUUUUCUUAAGAAAUGUGUAACAUUGGCUAUGUUAAGCAGAACUUAUAGGUUAAUUUUAUUAGAGUACUGUAUUAGUGAUUUAGAUGAUGCUGAUGUUGGUAAAUAUGCAAAUGGUCUUGCAUUGCUGCCCUUGGCAAAUGGAGAAUUUGGAGUUAUCCAUGAGGCCUCCAAGGGGGCUUCAUAUUUUGUUUGCAACGAUUUGGAGUACAAGGUGCUGACCUUAGCUCCAGAUAAAAUAAUUGAUAAAAGCAUUGCUCCUGACUUAUAUAGAAGACUUUCCAAAAUUGCUAAUAGUUCUAAGACAAAUAUUAGGUUUCUUGAUGACCAGAGUCUCUUGGAGUUCUUUCCAAGGUUAUUCCCUGCAGGUUGGAAAUACAAAAACAGAGUUUCCUGGAAUCCAGAGUUGGGUACUACAUUUCCUACAGAUGAUUGGUUUGUACUUUUCUGGCAGUACCUGCGAGAUCAACCUUAUAGCUUGUCUUUAUUAAGUGAGUGGCCCAUAUUGCCAUCUACUUCAGGAUACCUCUAUCGUGCUUUGAAAUUCUCAAAGCUGGUGAAUGCAGAGUUGUUAUCUGAUAGAAUGAAAGAGCUCCUUGCCAAGAUUGGUUGUAAGUUAUUGGAUACCAAGUAUGGCAUUGAGCAUCAAGAAUUAUCUCUUUACGUUAAUGAUGGUAGUGCUGCUGGUAUUCUGAAUUCAAUUUUUGAAGUACUUUCUUCGAACAAUUACCAAUUGCAGAUGCUUUUUGAAGGCUUUUCUUUUCAUGAGAAAAAUGAACUCUGCCAGUUUCUUCUUGACCCUAAAUGGUACUAUGCAGGUUCUCUGUCUGACCUACACAUAAAGAAUUGCAAAAAGUUGCCUAUUUUUCAAGUUUAUUCCAGAGAUCAGACCACCAUACAAUUUUCUGAUUUAGAGAGUUCGAAAAAGUACUUACCACCCAAGGGCAUUCCUAAGUGCUUAUUGGAUGGCGAGUUCAUUUUCUGUAUCUCUGAAUAUGAUGAAGAUAUUUUAUUGAGAUUUUAUGGUAUUGAGCAGAUGAAGAAGACAGUAUACUACAAACAGAAUGUUUUUAACAGAAUCGACGAAUUACAACCAGAUGUUCGUGAUAUGGUCAUGCUAUCAGUUCUGCAGGAUCUGCCUCAGUUGUGCUUAGAAGAUUCAUUGUUUAGGGAGUCAUUGAAGAAGCUUAAAUUUGUAGUUACCAUCAAUGGGAGCUUAAAGAGUCCACAAUCCCUUUAUGAUCCUCGAGUGGGGGAACUGUUUGCACUUCUGGAAGAAUCUGAUUGCUUUCCUUGUGGCCCAUAUAGUGAAUCAAGUGUUCUGGACAUGUUGCUUCUUUUGGGGCUUAGAACAUCUGUAUCUACUGAUGCAAUUUUACAGAGUGCUCAUCAAAUUGAAUCCCUGAUGCACAAGGAUCAACCAAGGGCUCACAUGCGGGGUAAAGUGCUGCUUUCGUACCUCGAGGUCCAUGCAGCAAAAUGGUUGUAUAAUGUACCAAAUCACAAUUUUAGAAAGGUAAAUAUGGUGUUCUCAAAAGUUUCUUUGGCUCUCAGGCAUCAUGAUGUGACUUUGGAAGAUGAUCUUGAAAAAUUUUGGAAUGACAUGAGAAUGAUAUGUUGGUGUCCUGUCCUUAUCACGGCACCCCAUCCAUCUCUACCAUGGCCUUCUGUCACAUCUAUGGUUGCCCCCCCAAAGGUAGUCAGAUUGCAGGGAGAUAUGUGGCUGGCAUCUGCUAGCACACGCAUAUUAGAUGGUGAAUGUUCGUCUUCAGCCUUGUCAUCUAACUUAGGUUGGUCUUCGCCACCUAGUGGUAGCGUAAUUGCUGCUCAAUUGCUCGAGCUUGGAAAAAAUAAUGAAAUUGUGACAGAUCAGCUGCUUCGACAAGAAUUGGCACUAACAAUGCCAAAGAUAUAUUCUUUGUUGACAAAUUUAAUUGGUUCAGAUGAGAUUGAUAUUGUUAAAGCUAUUUUGGAGGGUUGUCGGUGGAUCUGGGUAGGGGAUGGUUUUGCAACUGCAGAUGAAGUAGUUCUUGAUGGCCACCUUCAUUUAGCUCCUUAUAUACGUGUUAUUCCUGUUGAUCUAGCAGUUUUUAGAGAAUUGUUUUUGGAUCUUGGUGUCAAGGAGCUUUUGAAGCCGGUAGAUUAUGCUAAUAUUCUCUUCCGAAUGGCUGCAAGAAAGAAGUGCUCUCCACUGGAUGGACAAGAACUCAGAACAGCGGUGUUGCUUGUCCAACAUUUGGUUGAAGUUCAAUCUCAGGAUUUGAAGGUUCAAGUUUAUUUGCCAGAUGCUUCAUGUAGGCUACUUCCUUCAACUGAUCUAGUUUUUAAUGAUGCUCCAUGGUUGCUUGUUUCCAGUGAGAGUUCAUUUGGAGAUACAUCUACUUUAGCUUUUGAUGCAAAAAGAGAAGUAUAUAACUUUGUCCAUGGUAACAUCUCGAAUGACCUCGCAGAAAAGCUUGGUGUUCGUUCUCUUCGUAGAUUGUUGCUUGCUGAGAGUUCUGAUUCCAUGAAUUUAAGUUUAUCUGGGGUUGCUGAGGCCUUUGGACAGCAUGAAGCCUUAACAACAAGGCUUAAACACAUUGUUGAAAUGUAUGCGGAUGGACCAGGGAUUCUUUUUGAACUUGUGCAAAAUGCUGAAGACGCACAUGCUUCUGAGGUAUUUUUUCUUUUGGAUAAGACUCAGUAUGGGACUUCAUCCAUUCUUUCUCCUGAAAUGGCUGAAUGGCAGGGUCCUGCACUUUACUGUUUUAACAACUCUGUUUUUAGCUCAAAAGACCUUUAUGCAAUCUCACGCAUUGGUCAAGAUAGCAAACUCGAAAAGCCAUUUGCUAUUGGAAGAUUUGGCCUUGGCUUUAAUUGUGUGUAUCACUUUACCGAUAUCCCUAGUUUUGUUUCUGGGGAGAAUAUUGUAAUUUUUGAUCCUCAUGCCAGUUAUCUGCCUGGAAUUUCUCCUUCUCACCCAGGUCUCCGGAUAAGAUAUAUGGGAAGGAGGAUAUUAGAACAGUUUCCUGAUCAAUUCAGUCCAUUUUUGCACUUCGGUUGUAAUUUGCAGGAACCAUUUCCAGGUACACUUUUUCGGUUUCCUCUAAGAAGUGAAAGUGCUGCUUCUAGAAGCCAAAUAAAGAAAGAAAAAUAUGCACCUGAGGAUGUUGAGAAACUGUUCCUGUCCUUUUCUGAAACUGUAUCUCAAGCAUUGGUUUUUCUUCGCAACAUUGAAAAGAUCACCAUAUUCGUAAAGGAUGGAACUGAUCAACAGAUGCAAUUAAUCUACAGUGUUACUAGACACAAAGUUAGUGGGCUUGUAAAACAACCACAUCAACUUCAUUCCAUGCUAAAUUUCAUUCAUGGAGAUCUCAGAAGUGGAAUGGAUAUGGAUCAAUUCUUGAAAAAACUAAGUAAGACAGAAGAUAAAGAUUUGCCAUGGUACUGUCAAAAAAUUGCAGUUGUGGAACAAAAUUCUGUGGGCCAUGUAUUGCAUUUUUGGUUCAUCAGUGAGACUAUAGGUGGUGGACGUGCUAGGAAGAAAUGUUUAUCUCUGGAUAGUAGAUCUCAUAAGUUGAUCCCCUGGGCUUCUGUUGCUGCCUAUAUGUGCUCCAUUGACUUAAAGGAUGUAAAGGAACUAAAUAAGGUUCUAAAUCAGCCUGUUUCUGGAGUAAUACAAGAUAGGAAAAAGUUUGAGGGCCGAGCAUUCUGCUUUCUGCCUCUACCUGUUACUACUGGUCUCCCAGUGCAUGUGAAUGCAUAUUUUGAACUAUCUUCAAACCGAAGGGAUAUAUGGUUUGGCAAUGACAUGGCUGGAGGUGGAAAAGCACGAUCUGAGUGGAAUAUAUGUCUCCUUGAAGAUGUUAUUGCUCCUUCUCUCGGUCGGUUGCUUGAUGUCCUUGCACAAGAGAUUGGUCCAUGUGAUCUCUUCUUUACACAUUGGCCCACUGCUGUAGGGGUUGAACCAUGGUCUUCAGUGGUACGAAAAGUAUAUGCAUCUAUUGCUGAUCUUGGACUAACUGUCCUCUACACAAAGGCUAGAGGAGGACAAUGGAUCUCAGCAAAACAAGCUAUUUUUCCUGAUUUUGAUUUUCCAAAGGCAGUCGAACUUGCAGAAGCAUUAUCUGAAGCCGGUUUGCCUAUUAUAUCGUUCUCCAAGUCAAUUGUGGAGAACUUUGUGGAGGUAUGCCCCUCAUUGCAUUUUUUGAAUCCUCACUUACUGAGAACCUUACUGAUUCGACGGAAGCGUGGCUUUAAAAACAAAGAGACAGUGAUCAUGACUCUAGAAUAUUGCUUAAGUGACAUGACAGGAUCUACAUUCUAUAAUAAGUUGCAGGGAUUGCCCUUGGUUCCUUUAGCAAAUGGAUCAUUCACAACAAUUAACAGGCAUGGGGAGGGUGAAAGGAUAUUUAUCACUUACCAACAUGAAUAUGAUCUUCUUAAAGAUUCAAUUCCACAUCUUCUUGUGGACUGCACAAUUCCAGAUGAAGCUUUUAAAACGUUAUACAGUAUGGCAAAUUCUGGGCAAUCAAACAUCCAUGUCUUGACAUGCUUUUCCCUCGUUGAACUAUUUCCUAGGAUCCUGCCCACUGAAUGGCAACUUUCCAAGCAGGUUUCUUGGACUCCAGGCUUUCAAGGUCAGCCAAGUCUACAGUGGAUGGGGUUGCUAUGGAGUUAUUUGAGGGAAUCCUGCUCAGAUCUUUCGAUAUUUGCCAAGUGGCCUAUAUUACCAGUUGGAAAUGGAUGUCUCUUGCAACUUAUUGAGAAUUCAAAUGUUAUUAAAGAUGAAGGGUGGAGUGAGAACAUGUAUUCCUUGUUGCAGAAACUAGGAUGUUCCUUUUUGAGAUCCGAUCUGCCAAUAGAUCAUCCACAGUUAAAGAACUAUGUUCAGGAUGCAACAGCAAAUGGUAUUCUCAAUGCUUUGCAGGCAAUUUCUUGCCAGCAGCAGAAUUUGAGUGAUUUGUUUGACAGUGCUUCAGUGGGAGAGAAGCAUGAAUUUCGAAGUUUUAUCUUCCAAUCUAAGUGGUUUUCUGGCAACCACCUAUGUACUAGGAACAUUGACACCAUAAAGCUUCUCCCUGUAUUUGAGUGCUACAGGAGUAGAGAACUUACCAGUUUGGUUAGUCCUGUCAAAUGGUUGAAACCCGAAGGUGUACAUGAGGACCUUUUGGAUGCAAAUUUCAUCAGAACUGAAUCUGAGAAAGAGAGGAGCAUUUUAAGAAGCUAUCUACGCAUUAGGGAACCUACCAAGUUUGAAUUUUACAAGGAUCAUGUGCUCAACCGUAUACCUGACUUCCUUUCUCAGCCAAGCAUUCUUUCUUCAAUUCUUCUUGAUGUGAAACUUUUGGUAGAAGAAGACAUUACCAUAAAAGCUGCACUAUCUGACAUUCCAUUUGUUUUAGCUGCCGAUGGGUCCUGGCAACAUCCUUCCAGGCUUUAUGAUCCUCGUGUUCCUGGCUUGCAGAAUAUGCUUCAUAAAGAAGUGUUCUUUCCUUGUGACAAGCUUAUCAAAGCUGAAAUGCUCGAUUCUCUUGUAAGCCUUGGCCUAAAAAGAUCUAUGAGUUUUACAAGUUUAAUUGAUGGUGCUAGGACAGUUUCAAUUUUACAUGACUCGGGCAAUGGCGAUGCACUUGCUUACGGUAGAAGGCUUCUUGAAUUCUUAAACUUUCUUGGGUUUCAGCUCUCACAGUCUAGCGUCAAUGAAAAAGAUGAUAGAUGUGAUUCCUUGAUACUGUCCAAGAGUGAUAGUUUUGCUUUUGGAGAUUCACAAGUGGAAGCCCCUUUAGAUGGACUCUGCAGAUCUAAUCAGGGUGAAUUUGACAUUUUUUCCAACUUUGUUCAUGAUCAAUCAGAAGAUGAAUUCUGGACAGAGUUGGCAACCAUUGCUUGGUGUCCUGUUUAUGUUGCGCCACCAGUUAAUGGACUUCCAUGGUUCAUUUCAGAAAAUUGUGUGGCAUCUCCAAAUGCUACAAGGCCAAAAUCUCAGAUGUGGAUUGUGUCAUCCAAAAUGCGAAUUCUUGAUGGUGACUGCUGCUCAUUGUACCUUCAGCAGAAACUUGGUUGGAAGGAUAAACCAAAUAUAGAAGUCUUGUGUUCUCAACUAAUUGAGCUCUCAAGGUCCUAUGAUAAACUAAAAACGCAGUCAGAGGAGGAACCAUCUGUCGAUACAGUCUUGACAAGAGAAAUCCCCUCAAUCUAUUUGUACUUACAGGAAUUUGUUGGCACUGAUAGAUUCAAAGUUCUUAAAGAAUAUCUUGAUGGUGUUCCUUGGGUGUUCAUAGGUGACAAUUUUGUGUUUCCCAGGUUGCUCGCAUUUGACUCACCCGUGAAGUACCAUCCAUAUCUUUAUGUUGUUCCCUCUGAGUUAUCAGAAUUUAGAGUUUUGCUUUCUGAAUUAGGUGUCAAAUUAACCUUUGAAGCUAUUGAUUAUGUGCAUGUAUUGCAAUGCUUAAAUCGUGAUGUUAGUGAAGAACCAUUAUCAGCUGAGCAGUUGAGUUUUGUUCGUCGUGUCUUGGAAGCCUUUGCUGACUGUUAUAUUGAGAAGCGAAUACCUGAUGCAUUACUAAAUUCACUUCUGAUUCCUGAUUCUUCAGGCAUUCUGAUGCCUACCUUGAGUCUUGUCUACAAUGAUGCACCAUGGAUGAAGAACAAUUCUCCUGGUGAGAAGCAUCUUGUUCACCCAAGCAUUAACGACGAACUGGCUAGAACUCUAGGGGUACAAUCACUUCGUAGCUUGUCAUUAGUUGAUGAGGAGAUGAUGAGGGACUUGCCUUGUAUGGAUUAUGCUACAAUAUGUGAGCUGCUUGCCUUGUAUGGAGACAGUGAGUUUCUACUGUUUGACCUUGUAGAGUUGGCUGACAAGUGCAAGGCAAAGAAAGUGCACCUGAUAUAUGAUAAACGAGAACAUCCUCGACAAUCAUUGCUCCAACAGAAUCUAGGUGACUUUCAGUCUGCUUCUUUAACAAUUGUGUUGGAAGGACCAACUUUGAGCAUGGACGAAAUAUGUAAUCUUCACCUGUCUCCUCCAUGGAAGGUUCAAGGCAGUGCUCUUCACUAUGGGUUAGGCUUGAUAAGUGGUUACUUCAUCUGUGACCUCAUGACCAUUGUUUCCUCUGGUUACUUUUACAUUUUCGAUCCUCUUGGCUUGGCUCUUGCUGCACAUUCAAAUGGUGGCCCCUCUGCAAGAUUGUUCUCCCUGAUAGAUACUGACUUGACUAAGAGAUUCAACGAUCAAUUCAGUCCAAUGCUAAUUAAUAAGGAGACUUCAGUGUCCUCAUCUAAUUCCAUGGUUAUACGCAUGCCUUUAUCUUCAAAAUGCAGGAAAGAAGAAGAAUCUGAUUGUUUAAGAGUGAAGCAUAUUUUUGACCGAUUUAUGCAUCAUGCUUCAUCAUCACUUCUAUUCUUAAAGUCAGUUCUGCAGGUGUCUUUAUCAACGUGGGAUGAGGGAAGUUUGCACCCAUCAUUAAAUUACUCCAUAUCAGUGGACCCAUCAUUUGCAAUUUCAAGGAACCCAUUUUCAGAAAAAAAAUGGAGAAAGUUUCAUAUAUCAAGAUUGUUUAGUGGUUCCGGUGCAGCCACAAAGAUAAAUGUGAUAGAUGUUCAGGUGAUUAAUGGUGGGAGUAUAUCUGUUGAUAAAUGGCUUGUAGUACUUUCUUUGGGGUCUGGACAAACUCGAAACAUGGCCCUUGAUAGGAGGUAUCUUGCUUAUGAUUUAACACCCAUUGCUGGAGUUGCAGCUCAGAUAUCUAAGAAUAGUCAUCCUAUAAAUGCUCAUACAUCCAGCUGUGUAUUGUCUCCUCUUCCCCUGUCUGGAGCCUUAAGUAUGCCUGUCACUGCUCUUGGAUGUUUUCUUGUAUGCCAUGAUGGUGGGCGGUAUCUUUUUAGCCGUCCUCAUGAAACAACUUUUCCAGAGCUACAACUUGAAACUAGAAAUCAUAUAAUUGAAGCUUGGAACAGAGAAUUGAUGUUGUGUGUUCGUGAUGCAUAUGUUGAAUUGAUUUUGGAAUUUCAAAGGCUUAGGAAGGAACCCAUCAGUUCUACGAUUGAGCCAAAUUUGGCACGUUCCGUGUGCUCUAUUUUGCAGGCUUAUGGUGAUAAAAUUUACUCUUUCUGGCCAAGGUCUAAACAACAAUUUGUCAUCUCUAGUGAGCUUGAUGUUGCUGCCAGUGGUUCAAGUUCAUCUAAAAAAAUUGAAGCAGAUUGGCAGUCAUUAAUUGAGCAAGUGAUAAGACCUUUCUAUAUGCGCCUUGUUGACCUUCCUGUCUGGCAACUUUAUGGUGGAAAUGCUGUCAAAGCUGAUGAAGGCAUGUUUUUAUCUCAAUCAGGAAAUGGAGAUGACAGCAACUUGCCACCAACCAAUGUUUGCAGUUUCAUAAAAGAACAUUAUCCUGUGUUUUCUGUACCAUGGGAAUUGGUCAGGGAAAUUCAGGCUGUUGGAAUUAAGACGAAAGAAAUUAAGCCUAAGAUGGUUCGCGAUCUCCUCAAAUCCUCCUCAUCUGUUUUAGUUAGAUCUAUUGAGACCUAUAUAGAUGUCUUGGAAUAUUGCUUAUCUGACAUUCAGCUGCAGCAGUCAUUCGGUCUGUUAAGAACUGAUGGAUCUGGGGAAGGGAGUAGUUUGCAGAUUGAAAGCAUCAUACCUUCAAACACAAAUGUGCUCAGAUCCCAUCAAAAUGCUGCCCAGAACUCCAGUAAUUCAGGUGGUGAUGCACUUGAAAUUGUUACAUAUUUUGGCAAGGCUUUAUAUGAUUUUGGUCGUGGUGUUGUUGAGGAUAUUGGCAGGACAGGUAAUACUCUGUCCUACAUACCUGCUACUGCAGGUACUGGUCCAUAUGCAGAUCGGUUACUGCCAUCUGUAGUUGCUGAACUCAAAGGCAUACCGUUUCCAACUGCAACAAAGCACCUUGUGAGGCUUGGAGUGACUGAGCUUUGGAUUGGGAGCAAGGAGCAGCAAUCUUUUAUGCAUCCUUUGACAGAUGGCUUUGUCCAUCCACUAUGUCUAGAAAAGCAUAUUUUGACUGCCCUCCUUUCUGACAAAAACAUCCAAAGGUAUUUAAAAUUGAGAGGUUUCUCUGCUCACUUAUUGUCAAGCAAUUUGAAGUUUCUUUUUAAUGAGCAAUGGGUGAGUCAGGUAAUGAGCAGUAAUAGGGCUCCAUGGGUUUCAUGGAACACCAAUACUGACCCACCAGGUGAUGGACCCACUCGUGAAUGGAUCCAACUUUUCUGGAAAACCUUUACAGCCUUAAAGGGUGAGCUAUCACUUAUAGCUGAUUGGCCUUUAAUUCCUGCCUUUCUGAAUGGGCCAGUUUUGUGUCGUGUUAAAGAGCUUCACCUAGUAUUUGUACCACCAAUUUCAGACUUAAAUCUUGUGAAUGGAACUUCAGGAACCAAUAGUGAAGAGGUUGGAUUACUGGAUUCUUCUGUGGAUAAUAUUCCAAACCUUGAACUAAACAAGUUGUAUUAUUCUGCUUUUGAAUUAACAAAGUCAAAAUAUCCAUGGUUGUUUUGUCUUCUUAAUCAAUUUAAUGUACCUGUAUAUGAUGUCUCCUUCCUGGAGUAUGGGGUACCCAAUAAUAUUCUCCCAGCACAUUCCGAAACUCUUUGUCAGGUAGUUGUAUCAAAAUUACUUGCUGCCAAAGUUGCUGGCUAUUUUUCUGUGCCAGUUGAUUUAUCAAAUGAAGACCGUGACAAACUAUUUGCCCUAUUUGCUUUGGAUGUUAAGUCAUUCAAUGGGUGUCCAUAUAAAAGAGAAGAGCUAGAUUUGUUGAGAGAACUUCCCAUAUUUAGAACUGUUCUUGGUACGUAUACAAGGUUAUUCAGCCCUGAUCAAUGUAUUCUUUCUCCGUCUACAUUCUUUCGUCCUAGAGAUGAGCGGUGUCUUUCUAAUACCAUGGAUGCAAAUGCUUUAUUCCAUGCUCUUGGAAUAAAUGAGCUAAGAGAUCAGGAUGUUUUAGUGAGAUUUGCCUUGCCUGAUUUUGAGAGGAAAACUUCAGGAGAACAGGAAGAUAUUUUGUUGUACAUCUACUUGAACUGGAAAGACCUACAAUUAGAUUCUACUGUAGUGAACUCCUUGAAAGAGACUAGCUUUGUACGUAAUGCAAAUGAACUUUGUUCAGAGCUAUUCAAACCACGGGACCUGCUUGAUCCUCAUGAUUGUUUGCUGACAUCAAUCUUCUCUGGGGAACACAACAAGUUUCCUGGGGAGAGGUUCAUUACAGAUGGUUGGCUACAGAUUUUAAAGAAAACAGGGCUUCGAACAUUUUUGCAAGCUGACACCAUAAUUGAAUGUGCAAGGCAAAUAGAGAAGCUAGGAAAUGAACAUAUUGGUGACAGGCAGGAUGCAGAUGAUUUUGAGGCAGAUUUCUCAGGUAACCAAAAUGAUGUUUCUUUUGAAGUAUGGAAUUUAGCUGUCUCUUUGGUAGAAACAAUACUUGCAAACUUUGCCUCUCUGUAUGACAACUCUUUCUGUGAGAAUCUUGGGAAGAUUUCAUUUAUACCUGCUGAGAAAGGUUUCCCUAGUAUUGGUGGUAAGAAGGGUGGGAAGAGGGUACUUACUUCAUAUAGUGAUGCUGUCUUGUUAAAAGAUUGGCCAUUGGCUUGGACCAUUGCUCCAAUUCUUGUCAAGCAAAAUGUUGUUCCUCCUGAAUAUUCCUGUGGAGCAUUUCGCUUGAGAAGUCCUCCGCUUUUUUCUACAGUCUUGAAGCAUUUGCAGGUUGUUGGAAGAGCUAACGGUGAAGAUACCCUUGCACACUGGCCUACAUCAACAGGCAUGAUGACGGUAGAAGAUGCCUUUCUAGAUAUUUUGAAGUACCUAGAUAAGAUAUGGGGAACACUCUCUUCUUCAGAUAUUCUAGAAUUGCAGAAAGUGGCCUUUGUGCCGGUAGCAAAUGGAACUCGCUUGGUUACCGUGAAUUCUCUUUUUGUUCGUCUGAUGGUUAACCUUUCACCAUUUGCUUUUGAACUCCCUAGUUUAUAUCUCCCAUUCGUGAAAAUCCUCAAGGAAAUAGGGAUGCAGGAGGUUCUUACUGUUUCCUAUGCUAGAGAACUUCUUUUAAACAUACAAAAAUCAUGUGGGUAUCAACGCCUUAAUCCUAAUGAACUUCGUGCGGUAAUCAUGAUUCUGAAUUUUAUGUGUUCUGAGGUUGUUCUUUCAACAUCAUCUGAACUAGAUUGGUUAUCUGAUGCAAUAAUCCCAGAUGAUGGCUGCAGGCUUGUUCUGGCAAGAUCAUGUGUAUAUGUUGAUUACUAUGGGUCACAAUUUCUUAGUAAUAUAGACACCUCCAGGUUAAGAUUUGCUCAUCCAGAACUUUCGGAAAGUAUAUUUAUGGCCUUUGGUGUCAAGAAACUUUCUGACAUUGUCAUUGAGGAAUUGGAUGGACCAAAAUUACAGGUUGUUAGCCAGAUUGGGUCUGUGUCUCUUAGUAGAGUAAAAGAAAAGCUUUUUAGCAAAUCAUUGCAAGAGGCAGUGUUAAUGUUAUUGGGUAACAUUUCUAAUCACUAUCCAUCACUUGAAGACCUUGGUUUAUCGCAGAUAAGGCAUCUACUGGAACAUAUUGCAGAAAAUUUGCAAUUUGUUCAAUGGCUCCACACUCGAUUUCUUUUACUUCCAAAGCUCCUGGAUAUUACACGGAUAACCAAGCAUUCCACCAUUGUUGAAUGGGACGACAGUGUUAAACAUCGAACUGUUUACUUCAUAGACAAAUCAAAGGAUCACAUUUUGAUUGCAGAGCCUCCAAGUUUUAUGACAGUGUAUGAUGUAGUUGCCACUGUCACAAGCCAGGUUUUGGGGGCACCGGUGACUCUACCAUUUGGGCCACUUUUUGCCUGCCAAGAUGGUUCAGAAAAAGCAGUUCUCAGAGCACUAAAAUUAGGGUCUGAACAUGGAACCAUAAAACGUGAAAGUAAAAACAAUUCUUUAGUGGGAAAAGAAUUAUUAUCUCAAGAUGCUCUUCAGGUGCAGUUCCUUCCAGUACGACCAUUUUACUCAGGAGAAAUAGUUGCAUGGAAGACAGGAAGAGAAGGGGAGAAACUUAGGUAUGGUAGAGUUCCAGAAGAUGUAAAGCCAUCAGCUGGUCAAGCACUGUACAGAUUUCCUGUGGAGAUUGCUCCUGGAGAAACCCAAGUACUACUUUCUUCACAGGUUUUCUCUUUCAAAAGUGUUUCUAUGUCCAAUGUGGCUUGCAUGCCAUCCUUAAGAGAGGACAAUGAAGGCAUAAACAGAAAUCGAAUGCUUCAUGGCCAGACAUCCAAGGAUUCUGGAAAUGAGAAGAUGAAAAGCCAGACUUCAAAAGAACUCCAAUAUGGAAAAGUAUCUGCGCAAGAAUUGGUGCAAGCAGUCCAUGACAUGCUUUGGGCUGCUGGAAUUAAUAUGGAUGCUGAGAAGCAAACACUUCUCCAAACAACGUUAACUCUGCAAGAACAGCUGAAAGAAUCUCAGGUUGCUCUUUUGGUCGAGCAGGAAAAGGUCGAUGCAGCAGUGAGAGAAGCUGAUGCAGCUAAGACAGCAUGGUCAUGUCGAGUGUGUCUUAGUGCUGAGGUGAACAUCACGAUUGUUCCCUGUGGACAUGUUUUAUGUCUAAGAUGCUCUGCUGCUGUUUCUCGCUGCCCAUUCUGUCGUACCCAGGUUUCCAGAACUAUGAAGAUUUUUAGACCAUGAAAUGUGAUUGAGGUCCAUCUUAGGAUGAUUUUAAGGUGCUUGAGGCAUACAAUGUUUGAAGCAUGGAAACCGAGGACCAAAUGCUUUAUUCCCAUCAACAAAGCGACAUGCCUGAGCGAUAGUUUUCAUUUAGAGGAAGGAUUGACCAUGUUCACAAGAGCAUGAUUUGUGGCUUGCAUUGCAGGGAGAAAGCAUGUCCUGAAUGGAAAUACAACUUCUGGGAGAUUAGAGAAGAACAUCUGUUCUCAUGGUACAAAAACCUUUUCUUGUCCUGUAAUUUCUUCUCUUUAGCCGUAACAUAUCUCUGUAUAUGACAGGCUAAUAUCUGAAGCAGCCUUCUGCAUGCCCAAGAAAGUGGCAGAAGAUGAUCGAUACAAGAGAAUCAAUAGGUUACUGAUUCAGUGUGAUCCUUCUGUAGCUUUAUCGUGUAUUGCCUAAAUUUGUAAAUGCCUCUUAGCAGCCAAAUUUACUUGGUGAAAGUAUAUUUCCUCUCCUUCCACAAUAUUUUUUGGGGUUGUACAUACUGUUUCAUUUCUCUGUCAAUAACUUGUCCAGUUCAAUUUUAUUUUCUUACUGAGUUCAACUUUACUCUCAAAUGAGCAUUGAAGUGCAAAAGAUUUGGCCAUGGGAUACCAUCAUCUACUUUUA